UUAUCGUUUGUAUAGAUUUAUUUUCCAAGAGCAUGGCUCUGCAAUUGCCUGUGAGUGCUGUUGCGGGCCUGGGUGCAUUGGACACCGCAUACUUGACUUACGCAAAGAUUUCGCAAGUGCCCUUGGCCUGUCCUUCCAGCGGUUCAUGCACUGAGGUAUUGAAUUCCAGCUUUGCAUCCAUCGGUCCUGUGCCUUUGUCGGCCUUGGGACUGCUUGCAUACCUCAGUGUUGUGGCACUGAAUUUGAGCAGUCAAGGAAGCAAGGAACUGAAAGAACUGCUGUGGUGGUUAUGCUUUACGAUGGCGUUAACAUCACUUGGCCUCACAGCGAUUUUGAUCUUUGUCCUAAGAGCGCCAUGUCUUUACUGCGCAGCUUCAUCCUUCAUUACUGCGAUGCUCAUUGCCCUCGUUGAAACAAAACGCGCGCGGGAGACGGUGGAGCUUGAGGCUCAGGCUACAGUAUCUGCAGAGGAAGGCGCAGUGCCUGCAGUGCUGAAUGCAGUACCUGCAGUGUCUGAUGCAGUUUCUGAUUCAGAGGAAGAUUCGGAGCAUUCAGCGGAACCGCGACGAGCGGUGCUGGGACUCUCUGGUGUUUUGGCUUUGGGCUCCUUGCGAGCUGGCACCCUUCCCUCCAGAGAGUUUGCAUCUGCCUGGGCAUACUUUACCUUGGUUGAACAGUACAAACCGAAUCAUCCGCCUGUGCGAAGUUCUUCCUCCAAGGAAGAGAUGGCUUUGGCUAGACAUCUCAAGAAGAUUGGAGCAGCCUGCUACACAGCUUGGUGGUGCCCCCACUGUCAAGAGCAGCGAGAGUCCUUUGGCAGGGAAGCUGUCGAGGUUGCGCCCUUUGUAGAGUGCUCCUCAAAGAAUCGACGGCAGCUUCCUAUUUGCCGAGAGCAGGAAAUCGAGAACUACCCCACAUGGAUCAUCAAUGGUGAGAAGUAUUUGGGCGGCCGUGACCUUUCCGAGUUGGUGGAGCUCAGUGGCUUCACAGAAUACGCAGCAGAACGCUUCAAGCCGCGAGAUACAUCUGUGAUGGAGUACAUUUGGGGACCACCACCGGAGGAUGAGAAUGUGUAGAGGAAAAAAA